UUUUUUUCUUCUUUCUUUCUGUACCCACGUUGCCAAAGAAGUCGACGCGCCAAUACGGAUAUUUAGUGAGUGUGUGCGCUUGCCUGCGUGUACAAAGACUGUCUUAUAGCGCCGACCGCACUGGUCGGAAUGCCGGAGAACGUCAGAUCCAGUUACCCUUAGCAUCCACCGCCACCACUGACUGCGAUCGUAAACCGACAACUGUUUCGUUCCGGCGUGCGUCUGCUGGCACUGGUUUUUCUGCGAGACGUUAGGAUGCACAACACGUGAAGAGAUCCCGGUGGUAAAGUGUGCCGAGGGAGCUGCGAGCUCCUUUCUUCAGAGGGACCACAUCGUUCCAGCUCGCCUUAGGGCCUCGACGACUGCUGUAGCAUCGUAAGCAGGUAACGUGUAGCAAACCUUACAGGGAUCUUCAGAAGGCUAACGAAGAGGCUUGAUGUAAAACUCGAAGCAAAGCUUCCAGAAGAAGUCGCCUCAGCAGCUGCGCAACUCUAUACUGAUGAAGACAGACCGUCGUGUUUCUUAAGAGGAAGCGAAUUCAGUCAAGCCCAGGCACGGAAAGGAGCGAGUUCGGAAAGCAUUGCUAUUAGACUUCUGACCUCGAAGAAGUGACGGUUCGCCAAGUGCCCCUUUACAUUGUCGUGACGUCUCGCUUUAUAGUGCGCAAAAAGCAGAAGGAAUCGACAUUGUGAACAGGAGAGGUUGUGACGUAAGAGUGACCGCAGAAUAGAAGGGCGCGGCCUGUAGCGAGGGUAAGCAGUGUGAAUGGCGGGGAUGAGAUUGCCCUUCAAACACAAUUGGAGAGAGAUAGCGUGGGGGAGCAAGCCGAGGUAACAAAGAGCCCGCUUCCAGUAUGCCACACAUUCGCGAGAGGUGCUCGACCGAAGGAAGACGUGCGAUGACGGGAUCAACGGCAUCGGUCUCUGAGAAGUGCAUCGCGCGCAGCACGUGACGGGGUGACUGGCAAAAGCACUCAGCUUUGGUGACACGCUAAGGUUCCAUAGGAGAAGACGGGCCUUCAUUCAGUGCGACGAACAGAGACAGCCCGAGAAACGGUGGAGUGUCAACGCUUGCGGCACGUGUGUGUUUUAGAUCGACGCUGCUUGUUUGAAGUGCCGUGCCCGUCGUGCAGGACGAAACCCCAUCCCAUCGGGACUGCGUACACUGGAACUCGAGCGAUAGUUCGAGAAUCGUACGUCUCCGAAAAUCGACUCGAAAGGCGUGCUCGCUUCUUUAAAAUUUCAUUUGAGACGCCGGCAACAGCAUUUACUUAGUUCGCUUUUUUUCCACGCAGAAAGUCAAAAAGUGAUCAAUCACACUGAUCGGUACAUUUGUUUAGAGCGCGAGACUAUACAAGGAAGGGAACACCUGGUUGGGCAAGAUCCGUGACUCAGCAAGUUUCGUGAACGCUCAACCAACACCGAUUAUCCAGGAACUGCUACGUGAAUUCGCUCCGUUUUAUUUAGAAAGAGCCUGCUCGGAAUAUACCGUCGGGACUACUCUAUUACGUGACGACCACUAUAGUACACAGAACGUCGCCGUUGACAGCUCAGGCUGUAGGGAGAGUACGGUGACUGCUCGUCCAUCACGCACGCUGUAGGGAUCUCGAUGAAAGAUUAGGUAAAAGUCAGAGUUGCACGUGGCAUCACGUCGAGGAUAUCCCGUAAGCCUUGGCGGGAGACCCAAGAAGGAGUGUGUAGAGGAGAAACUGCCUUUGAAAGAGAAAAGUCACUCAAGACUGACCGUAGACUUCGUUGCAAGCGCGGUGCGCAUCACAUCGGCCCCCCAAUUCUCCUGCAAGCUUUCGGCGACGCACUCGAAGCAGCGGCUUCUGACAGUAUUCACUAAGUUAGCAGCAACUGUGUGUGGAGUCAUUCGUCGUGACGCCCUUCUACUUUGCAACACUCGGCCGAAGCUCGCAAGCUGCGUCGCGGCUUCGCGCCAGCUGCUGCAAGACAUGGACGUUCGUCUCAACCUGGCGCCGGCGGCCGUCGCCGCCGCUGGGCCGCGCAUCUUGGACGACUACCGGGCGAGUCAGCCGUUUUUAGGAAGCGUGGCCACUCCGAGGUCCCAGUCCGUGCGCUGUGAUCUUCCACCGCCCAGGCUGCCGGGCAACAGCGAGAAGGAGCAUGUUGUCAACCAAACGUUGGCAACCGACACAAAAGCACCGGUCGUCCCAAGCCAGUCUGCGGCUGAAGCCAAAGCCACUAACGGUGGUUUUCUCUCGGUUCUCCUGGCGGCGUGCAUCGCAUCUCUGGGUGGCAUCCUCUUCGGCUACGAUUCCGGGAUAAUAUCCGGCGCUCUGCUUCAAAUCAGGGAGAUCUUCGACUUGUCCUGCGUCGUCCAGCAGCUGGUUGUGGGAAGCCUGUUUCUGAGCGCAUUCAUAUCCUCAUUUUUCGGAGGCGUCCUGGUCGACAACCUGGGACGCAAGAGGGCGCUGCUGCUCGCCAGUGCCCUCUUCUUGAGCGGAUCGGCGCUGCAGAGCCUGAGCACGAGCCUCGCCAUGUUCGUCACGGGACGGUUCAUCACUGGCUUUGCCGUCUCGCUGUCGACCACGGCGCAGUGCACCUACAUCGCCGAGAUAUCACCAGCGGUGCAUCGUGGCCUGCUGAUGUCCCUGAACGAAGUAGGCAUCACCAUCGGCUUCUUAUUGGCCUACACGGUCAACUACUCCUUCAUCUCCUACGAGAAUGGCUGGCAGCUCAUGUUUGCCGUCGCUACGUGCCCGGCCUUGCUGGAAAUGCUGGGGACACUGUUCCUGCCGCAAAGCCCACACUUCCUCGUGCUCAAGGGACGUCAUGAUGAGGCUCGGAAAGUACUCAACGUUAUCCAUGGCGAGACCGCGGCUUCGCAGGAGCUCAAUCGCAUGCAGAAAUCGCUGCUGGAAGAACAGAAUUACCGCUAUCGAGACCUCUUCACGCCUGGGCUGAGAGGGAGGAUGAUGGUGGGCGUCGGUCUCGUCAUUCUGCAACAGUGCACUGGACAAACAAACGUCAUCUACUACGCCCCUACUCUACUCAAGCAUCUCGUUUGCACCAACGUCGCUGCCACCCUCGCUUCCGUGGGUCUUGGAGCCGUCAAGGUUGGUGCAGCGCUCUUCGCCCUUCUGGUCUUGGACCGCCUGGGCCGUCGGGUCUGCCUCUGCACCGGAGUGCUCCUCAUGGCCAUAAGCAUCUUCGCCCUGGGAAUGCUCGCCAAGUUUUCCUACGGGAGUUCGGGACACAGCAUCUCACUACGCUGCCGAGACAGGCCUAGCGUCUUCAACGCCUCCGCGAUUCAUUAUUCCCAUAUGACUCCCCCUGGCUACGACCCAGAGGUGAUGACGACUCAUGUCCCAGCCCCGAUGGUGCUCGUGAACUCCAACGUGCCUUCCUCUACGAACCAGCGGCACAAAAGGGAGAGCGGCGCAUUUUCCUCAGACUCAACCGGUUUAGAUUCGUCGCCUGGGCUUUCAAUGCCUCCUCCGAUGCCCGACCAGAUGGCCUCAAGCGGAGCUGGACUGAUGGAUGUUGGCUACACUCCGGGACGACCUUCGGGCAGCCCUCGCGAAGUCGUGGCACCUUCACCGUCCUGGGGUUUCGACCAUGCCGAACACGCCGCUAAGUUUAGUCCCCAGUCUGACGAGAGCCGAGAAAAUAUGGAUCUUCGAAGAGACGAAGGAACCGUGGGCGAAAACCAGUCGCUAGAGAUGCAGCGCCCAGACAACGGAGACGAUGCCGGUGAAGAGCCUCUGAUCGAACUGCUGGUAAACUCGACUGGGACUAAGGCGUUAUCGACGGCUGAGCCGUACUUGGUCGCAAGCUCCUACAUAUCGGACGAUGUUAGAGGUGGGAAGCUAUCGUACAUGCCUGAAACUGCCGCUGCUUCGUCAUCGCAUCUGCGCAACGUAGGAGAAAUGGAAGCCUCGGCGCCGUCGCACGCGGCAGCUGGUGGCGAGAGUCGUCGCGUGGAGGUGACCGAAAGGCGCGUCGGAGAACGCGACUCCCUAGUGGCCGCGGCGCGAGACUCUCAGUGUUCCGGUGUACCUCAAGGCUCGGCUUUCCAGAGGGCGCUUACGCUGGCCGCCCUCAUGUGCUACGUGUUCGCCUACGGAGUCAGCUUUGGAACGACUACCUGGCUAAUACUCAGCGAGAUCUUCCCGGCAGCCGUCAGAGGCCGUGCCAUAUCGGUGGCAACCUCCGCAAACUGGGCGGCCAACAUGAGUGUGUCAGCCUCAUUCCUCACAGUGCUGGACAACCUUGGCGUUGGUGACACACUACUGAUGUACUCUGGUGUGUGCAUGCUGGCACUGUGCUUCAUAUUCCUGUGCGUGCCGGAGACCAAGCACAAGACGCUCGAGGAGAUCACCACGGAACUCGAUCAAGGGCUGAUCCGGUGGCGGACGAUCAUUCCGACGCGGUGGGGACGUGCCUCUGACUACACGUUGCGUGGGCCGGCCUGAAGCGUGCGACAAACGCUACAGGUGACGCAAACAGAGAGCGUUGCGGUGGCACCCGUGGAUACCGAGUGCACGUAGCGUUAAGACCAACGAGGAAGAGCUACGGGGACUGCGAGGCCCUUACGCAUCGCACUCUGUCGCAGUUCAGUCGUGCGCGAUCGCUGUCAAGGGACAGUGCGCGCUCGUUCAUGCUGCGUACAAACACGUGACCACAAAGCGAUGCUACAGUGCUGUGCGCAAGCGGUCGUGUUGUCGAGAUUCGGACAUCUCGUUCGGACAGUGUGAAGUCUGCCUUCUUAGACGAUCUUGGACACGGACCACUAUCUACGGCUGCUGCUUCAGUGACCGUCAGUCGGCGAAUGCGGACCGCAGCUUGGUGUUCAGUGUUCACGGUAGAGGAACACGCGCCCAAGUCGCAAAUGUGCUUAAACGUCGACAUAUUUAAAGCUGUCUCUUCUCGUGUGGCCUAGAUAGAGUGGCCCCCCAGUGUACAUUACCACGAAUUCCAUACGGGCGAAUGGUACGCCUAAAUGUCUGUGAAGUUGUACCCUACUGCGAGCAGGAUCGUGGACGCCCGGCCAGGUUAUCCUGACAAAUCGCCCAAACUCUGUGACAUGCGAACCUUUUACUGUGACUCUCUGUUCGUUCAAGGUGAACAGAAUUACACGCUUUUCUUGAAAGAGCAACCCACAAGCA